AACUAACCUACCAUAUAAAAUUAGAGGUUACGUUAAAUUUAGGUUUUGUUAAGUGUUUAUUUUUUGAUCAUAGACUAAUUUUAAAAAAAUGAUGUCUGAUGAAUCUGAAAAUGACGGAGUCUAUACAGACAAUCAAAAAAAUGAUCUUUACUAUAAAAAGUAUACUUUACUUCUCGAAGAAUGUUCCCAGUUGCAAAGAUCAAAUGAAAUAUUAGUGUUUAGGAUACAAGAAAUCAACAAAAUUACCAAACGCAGGUUGAAAGAUGUGAAGUUUUUUAAACAGAGAUUGCUCAAUAACUAUGAGGAAGAUUGGAAUGUUAUUUCAAAUUCAAACUUCAAUUUCGAUGAAGAUGAUGACAAAAGAGCAGUUGCACAUCUUAUGUUCAAAGAUAAAAUUAAAGAAGAAAAAUUGGAUGAAGAUGAAAAGCCAGAUAAAAGACCUCCAAGGAGGCCAGUAAAAAGAAAGUCGGUGAAAUCAGAGAAAGACCCUAAUGCACCAAAGAGGCCAUCAAAUCCUUUUUUCCAAUUUUGUCAAGAACAAAGGCAAAUUUUAAUGGAACAGAUAAGUGCGGAUUUGAAACCUGGCGAAGUUGAACCAACCAAGCAAGAAUUAACUAGACAACUGGCUAUUAAGUGGAAAACUUUAUCAGUACCUGACAAAAAAAUAUACGUCGACAGAUAUGAGAGGUCAAAGGAAAAAUAUGCAGCUGAAAUGGAAGAAUAUAAUAUGAAAAAAUAGCUUUCAUUUUAGCCUCGACCUUCAGUUCAAUUCCAUUAGUGAUUGGCAACAUAAAUGACCGAAGUCACCAGUAACUUCUCCAAUUGGUUUGUGGUAUUCUGAAAAGAUGAUUCGUUAGAGAGAAGAACUAUUUCCAUGAAGAUCUGAUGGUUUCAAUUUUAUUUUGUUGAAAGAAUAACACUCCCGAAUAUCUGAAUAUAAGUAGAGAAAUAAAACUUCUUAAAUAUA